AUGUUGUUGGACUACUGUUGCAGGUGCUGCGGGACCACGCUGAUUAAACGACAUGGGCAGCUGCCAGUCAAUGUCAAACUUAACGACACAUGGGUUGUCCUGCAGAACCUCUUGAUGUGCAUGGUGUGUUUUUACUCUCUCUAUUACAUUGCGGUUAGCCUGUGCAUUGGAAUUCUCAGGGUAGAAGAAGUUGAUAGUUUGCUUGCUCCCUUUGAUUACACAACCCAACCAUCAUGGCAAAGUCCCAAGUAUCUAGUCAGCGUUAUAUCAACGGAGGUGACAUACGUUCUGGGUGGACUGAUCUUUGCCUGGAUCGUGGAGGAGUGGGUCUGGGAUUACGCCAUCACUGUGACUCUGCUACACAUUGGACUGACCAUAGCAGUCAUGGCUGAUUUCCCAUCUACAGAACACUGGUGGAUCGCUCUAGGAUCUGGCUUGGUUAUGAUGAUAUUUGGAGGACAACUUUUGGCGUAUCGUCUUUUCAGGAGUAACCUUGUACAUCCUGCAGAUCUUCAAAACUUCUAA